UUUGUUUUUUUUUUUUUCUAUUUACAUAUGGACCUAUUGACUAUUGAGAAAAACAUUUAAAAAUUAUAAUAAUCAUUCUUUAAUAUUCAAUAAACUAAUUGUUUUAAUUAUUAAUAAAAAAAUUGUUAUUGUAAAUACAAAAGUGUUUGUUGAGCUUUAUAACAGUGUUAGUGAAUAUUUUUUAUUUUUUUUUUGUUCAACAUUGAUAACGUCAUUCCAUAAAUUUAAUAAAAAAAUAAUAAUGUGAUUAAAAUAGUGAUUUAAAAAAUAGCAUUAUUAAAAUUUUAAUAAACACACAAGUAUACGUGAUUAUAUUGUUUUAAAGUUGUAAAUAAAAAUUAAGUGAAAUAAUAAAAUUAAAUUCACUGACAAACAUAACCUAAAAAUAAUAUCAUAUCAAAUAAAAAAAAAAUGAUAAAAGCAAUUUUGGUAUUUAAUAAUCAUGGAAAGCCUAGAUUAUCAAAAUUUUAUCAUUAUUUUAAUGAGGAUAUGCAACAACAAAUAAUUAAAGAAACAUUUCAACUAGUGUCAAAAAGAGAUGAUAAUGUUUGUAAUUUUUUGGAAGGUGGUAGUUUAAUUGGUGGUUCUGAUUAUAAAUUAAUAUAUCGUCAUUAUGCAACACUUUAUUUUGUAUUUUGUGUUGAUAGUUCAGAAUCAGAAUUAGGAAUUCUUGAUUUAAUACAAGUAUUUGUUGAAACACUUGAUAAAUGUUUUGAAAAUGUAUGUGAACUUGAUUUAAUAUUUCAUGUUGAUAAAGUACAUUAUAUACUUAAUGAAUUAGUCAUGGGUGGUAUGGUUUUGGAAACAAAUAUGACUGAAAUAUUAUCAAGAAUUGAUGAUCAAAGUAAACUUGAAAAACAAGAGGCGGGUAUAACAGCAGCACCAGCAAGAGCAGUAUCAGCUAUGAAAAGUAUGAAUCUUCCUCAACAAAUUAAGGACAUGAAAUUACCAGAUUUUCCACAAGCUAUUAAAGAUUUAAAAUUUUGACCAUUUAUUAUUGUAAAUGAUAAAACAUUACUGAAAUUAUUAUAUAUAUAAAAAAAAAUUAUCAACGAUUUAUUGUAUAAUCAAGUUAUUUUAUAAUUUAAUUAUAAAAUAAAACCUCAUUUGCCAAUUAAACAGUCAACUUAGACUAAAUAAAAAAAAAAAAAUAUUAAAAAAAAAAAAAAAACGAAAGUAAAUUAUAAUUAAAUUAACAACAAAAAAUGAAUAUAUAUUUUUCAUUUAAAUAAAUAAUCAAGCUUUUUUUUAUUUCGAAAAACAGUCUUCUAAAAUAAAAGCAUUUUUUUUUUAUUAAAAAAUAAAAAUAAUUUAUAAGUUUUCAAGUAUUGAUUAUUUAAAAAUUAAAAAUUUUUAACUAUAUUAUUUUAUAAAAAAAAAACGUUGCAUUAUUAUUGUUAAAAAUAUAAUAAAUAAAUAAAAAAAAAAAACACAAAACAUUGUAAAUGUCAAAUUACUAUUAAUCGAAACAAAAAAAAAUAUAUAUUUUUCUGUCAAAUGAUGCAUAAAUGUAUUCGCUAUUAAUUUGCAAAUUAAAAAAGAAAAAAAGAAAACAAAUGUAAAAAUCAUUUAUAAAAUUUUUUUAAUUUUCUAAAAAGCACUGUAAUGCAUGAUAAAUAAUUCAAGUUGAUUACAUGCUGUUGCACUUGAAGGACAAAUUUUUGUUCAAUCGAUGGUUUAUCAAAAUAAAUCAUCUUAUAAUACCUGUUCAUUUUAAAAAAAAAGUUAUAUUUUUAUUAUUACAGUGGUAAAAGGAUGCGAUAAAAUAAAUUGAUCGAUCAUUUAUCGUCAUGGUAACUUUUGUAUUGAGCUGAAAAAUAAAGAAAAAAUAAUCAAGCAAGUCAUGAUGGUAUGAAACAACAGUUGUAUAGUCUCAUUUGAUCAAGAGAAGGAAGUACAUCCCAUUCUUGAAGAGAAGAUAAUAUACUAUUUAUUUUUUUUCAUUUACUCAACGGUUGAACGCAACGAUGACUACAUCCGGCGUUAAAAUAAUUAAAAAAAAAUGGGAAUUAUUUAGUGCAACUGAUUAUACAUCUUUGAUGUGGCCGAAUUUCGAAUUACUUCGUAUAUGGGGA